UAUGGACGGUUUGGGGGAAAGCGUCCAGCUUGGAUUUUAAUCACUCAGCUGCACGGAAGCCUCAUGCCUCGUGUAGCCAGUGGUGGAGCAGUGAAGCUGUAGUUUUUGCUGUGCUCUUCUGAGGAGAGCUUGGCUGUGUUUAACUCUCUGUCACAGCAGCAACAACUUAACCAGAACAAAACCUAGCAAUGCAAGUCAGUUUCACAGAAGCCAGCAGCAGCUUAAAUGGAAGCAGAGAGAGGCUGGAUUUUACACUUGUAACUUGCACAGAAACAACGACUUUCACUGAAGUAGUGGAAGACGAGGAAUGGGGAUCCUUCUACUAUUCCUUUAAGACAGAACAGCUGGUUACUCUUUGGAUUCUCUUUAUUGUCACAGUUGCUGGAAACUCCAUCGUGCUGCUCUCUACGUGGAAGAGGAAGAGGAAAUCCCGAAUGACCUUUUUUGUAACACAGUUAGCCAUCACAGAUUGCUUUACAGGAUUCGUAAAUAUACUGACUGAUAUAAUUUGGCGCUUCACAGGAGAUUUCAUGGCCCCUGAUAUUGUCUGCAGAGUUGUUCGCUACCUGCAGGUUGUCCUUCUGUAUGCCUCAACUUAUGUUCUGGUUUCACUCAGCAUAGACCGUUACCAUGCCAUAGUUUAUCCAAUGAAGUUCCUUCAGGGAGAAAGGCAGGCGAAAGUUCUCAUCAUGGUGGCAUGGAGCCUCUCUUUCCUGUUUUCGAUUCCAACUCUGAUUAUAUUUGGGAAACGGCAGCUAUCCAAUGGGGAAGUGCAGUGCUGGGCCCUCUGGCCUGAUGACUCCUACUGGAUACCCUACAUGACUGUGGUCGCUUUCCUGGUAUAUUUCAUUCCUUUGAUUAUCAUCAGUGUCAUUUACUUCAUUGUGAUUCGAACCAUAUGGAUGAAGAGUAAACCUCAUGCUGCGAUUAUUUCCAACUGUACUGAUGGCAAAUUCUGUGCCAGCUACACCCAUCGAGGGAUCAUAUCAAAGGCUAAAGUUAAAGCUAUCAAGUACAGCAUUGUAAUUAUUCUUGCAUUUGUUCUCUGCUGGAGUCCUUACUUUCUCUUUGAUAUCCUGGACAACUUCAAUGUACUCCCUCAGACCAAAACACGCUUCUAUGCAUCUGUGAUUAUUCAAAAUCUACCAUCUUUAAACAGUGCCGUUAAUCCCCUUAUCUACUGCAUCUUCAGCAACAUCCUCUGCCGUCCUUUUUUUGGGAAAAGAAGAGCAAGAAACUUAGGGGGAACUUUCAAAGACCGAACUGAUGGGCAGGAAAUGCAGGCUGUGUCCAAGCCCGAAUACAUCUAGAGCGCAUAUAUCAAGACCCCUGCUAUUACUGCCUUGGGAAUGCUGACAUCUCAUUCUUUCUCUGUAGCAUUUGGAUUUCAGAAUGGCAUUGCAAAUUCUUUCACUGUCCACCCUAUGGGCCAAAUUCAGCCCUAGGAUAAAGGAAAGUUGCAUGCUCUUAUGCCAAGACCGAAUUUGGCUCUCUAUUUCCAGAGAAGCUGUAUCCAAGUACAGCUUGUAUCCAAGCGGUGUACCUGAAUGUAAAUAUAUUUUAUCGAUCAGGAUUUUCUAUCUGUUUUUAAAGAUUAUCUUGUUGAAGCUAUAUACAGUUACCGGCUGAUGUAACUUGUAAAGAGCAUUUAGAGCUAAUUACAGACAGGGGCCUUAUUUAAUACAUUUGCAAUGAAGUGUUGGCAUCAUCUCAACUCAGACCACAUUUAAUUUAUUGGUGAGAUUUUGGUUUCUUUAUAUACCACGAUAUAUGAAGUAUACAAAAAGGCGGCGGGGGGGAUGGUAAUUAAUGGGUCAAAAUCAUCAGGGGAUAUAAACUGGUGUAGCACCAUUGAAGCUUUAGAAUGCCACUGAUUUACAACAGAUGUCGAUCUUGCCCCACUUGUUUAAGUAAGAGCUACUGCAAUAUUUGUAAAACUACACCAGCGCAGAUGGCUUAAAUUGUUUAAAAAAAUAUGGAAGCCUCUAAAUUGCAAUGUAAAGCCAGAUCCCACAAACACCUUUGUGAGUAGUCCCAGUGAAAUCAACAGGACUAUUCGUAUCCAUAUUCCUGUUUGCCAAAGGUUAUAUUUAGUACAAGUGGUCACCUUUAACAACUGAUGAAUUGCCUUCAGCAACUAAAGAACUUUACCUCAGUUUUUGCUGUAUUCUAGGUAGUCUCUAUAGCAAAUAUGGGGCCGUUUAUGUAAUACUGCAUAUCAAGAGCUAAUAUUACCCAUCUACUGUAUCUAAGGCAAAAUUAACACUAGCAUCUACAUGUUGCAAACUAUGGGCAAUAUGGAAUAGGAUACCAUUGCUGUCAUUCUUGCAUACCUUUGGGUAAUUUUGGUAAAUGCACUAGGUAAGCACAGUAAUACCAGGUUGAGCUUGGCUCGCUCUCAUUUGUGGACAGUAGUACCAGUUUUCACAGAGCCUUUCAUUCAUUUACUGUACACACUACUGUUUAUGCUGCUGGCCUUGUCUGCAUUCUGUUGUUGCUGCUCCCACACACGUUCUUUACAAUGACUGUUCCAGUAGACUUUUGACUCACUCCACUGAUCUCUCAGUGAUGUGAUAUUACAGUCUCGUUACCCACAUAUAAAUCCUGCUCAGGAUAAGCUCUUUAUAGCCCAUCUAUAUUUUAAAGAUUCCUCUUUUAACUAAGGCUAGGGAUGGAGGGGGGGGGAAAUUAUAACCUGCUCAAAUCUUCACCCUACCCAAACAGCUGACUCUAAAUAUUUAUUCAGGUUUCGACUGGUUCCAAUUUCAAUUAAUUCCCCCUUCUUCUGCCCUCUGACUCCAAGCAUGAAUGCGGUUACCACCCUUUUACCUUUAAACACUGCCUAGUUUCUUUCCACCUCAUGAACCUCUGAUAAACCCCAAACUCCCGCCUCUUCCAACCUGAGAUCCCAUACAGUAGGCCUGUUCUUGCACUGCUGUGUCUUUGGAGUUCCCAGUGUAGGAUCCAGCAUCUCUCUCUCUCUGCUUGUCCUAGGCCUCAAUAAAUUGAAACUAUUGUAUGCAUUCUAAAAUGUGCUGUACACCCUGGAGUGACAAAAAAAAAAAAAAAAAAAGACUGACUCUUCAAAUGUAGGA